AUGCCUCCGGCCGCACCUAAGCCUGCGACCUCCGGCCACCCUCUUCCCCCGGGUCGAGCCAACGAUCGGCUCAAACGAGGUGACUUUCCCGGCAUCACGCAGAGGCUGGAAGAGGGAUUCGUGCAAAGCAACGAUCGGUGCGGUACCUGCGUCGCCGCGGCCAAGCACUGCACGUUUGGGACUGGAAAGGGCAAGAACGGCCACGCGCGACGCCCUGGCACGUCUCCUUGCGACUUUUGCAAGGCGGUCAGGAGGGCGUGCUCGACCUUCGCCGGGACCGCCAGAAACUCGAGCCCGUCGGCGGCGUCCGGUUCCCAGAGGUCGGCCAGUGCAGCCGUGAAGCCAGCGAAGAGGGCCAAGAGCACGGACAAGGCCAAGCCGAAGGCGUCGGGAGGCAGCGCUACGGGCCAGAGCCGUCCGGUUCGCGGUCAGUCCUCGCAGAGCGUGACGCCCGCGGCCGCCGUCGCCCGCGCUAAGCCGCACAAGGCCAAGGCGCGCGACUCGGUCUUGGCCGCCGUCGACGAGGCUUGCCGCAAGCUCACCAAGAUCGCCGGAAAGGUCAAGAGCAAGCACAGGCGCAAGCUCAUCAAGAUCAUCGCAAAGCUCCAGCGCGUCGCCUAG